AUGUCGACCCCCGACGCUCCGUCGUACUAUCAGCCCAAUGUCCAACACAAUUCGGCGCUGAGUGUCGUCAAAUUCUACUCGUCUUGCUUUGCCGGGGCCGUCGCUGGCAUCCUCGGACUCCAAAAUUGGCUUGGCUUUGCGCUUUUCAUGAUUUCGACGCUGUUCACCUCGUCAUGCAUAUACUUUAUCAACUGUCGAGGAAAGCCAGCCAAAUACAUCCCGGGUGGACUUACGGAACUCGUGAAUCCCGGCCAAGAUAAUAUGUUCACUUUCGUUCUGGUUUGGACGCUUUUCUAUGGGAUUGUCCACGGUAAGGAGUGGUAG